GCCUGUGUGGAGCAGCUUAGGGAGCGAGGUGCUAAGACAACCCAGGGCCGCGGUAGCGAGGAAGGAAACUGCUCUGGAGCUAUGAGCCGGGCGACUGGCCGUGGGGCCUUGCCCAGGCUGCGCCGGGGAGAGCAGGCGGCUAAGAUGCCGGGUCGCUGCGUGGGGCCCAGCAGGUCGGGGCGGGGAGUUCGGCGGCCGUGGGGGAAGAGACGGGGCGCAGGGACGUCCCGGGGCCGUGGUGCAAGGCGCCGGGCGAGGUCCUUGGAGUGGGAGACGCGCUGUGUGAGUGCAGAAAGGGCGCAGGGCUGUCAGCGCCCGUGGGGGACGAGACAAGCGGCGGAGACAGCCGAUGCCGCCGGGGCGAAUGAGGCUUUGGAAGCUCCUGGCCCCCCAGGCUCCAUCGAGGCUGCAAGGGACCCUGGGGCUGUGUGGGUGAAUGGGGCUGUUGGGGAGCCCGAGGUGGUGGGGCCUGCUGGGGCUGUGUGGGUGACCGGGUCUGGGGAGGAGGAGGCCGAAGAUAGGAGUCCCCGGGGCUGCGAGGGAAAAGGUCGCCCAGGAUCUCUGGGCCAUGAGAGCAUUCUGCACCUGUGGCUGAAGGUGCAGGCUAUGAGGGCCGCCUCGGGAUGUGGGGAAGGAAGUAGAGUCGAGCUCCAUCCCGUGCCUGUCGGAGAGGGACCUGUCGAAAGGGGUGUUCCUGGCCGAGCUUCCUGGGUAGAGACAAGCCGUGGUGGUCUUACAGGGCCCUGGGUGAAGGGCCAGGCAAGGGGGAUCCCUCGGGCCCCCUCAGGGCCUACAGUUCUGGGCUUAGGGGCAGCUUACGAGAGAACCUUAGGCUUCUGUGGACAGGGACAGGCUGGGAGGGUGCCUCCUCCUGUGAGUGUGCCUGGGGCUCUGGCGUCAGGUUCUGAGAUGGCCCCGCACCUGUGGAGGGGACAAGCUGUGGGGAUUCCUGGGACUGGGGAGGAGAUAGGCUAUGGGCUUGUCCCAGGCCCUUGUGAAAAAGAACAGGCUGUGGGCGAGCCUGGGACCGUGGGGUGGCCUGGGGCUGUGGGAGCGCCCAGAGCCGUGGAGGGAGAGCUCGGCUGCGGGGGUGCUGCAGGGCUGUGGGGGAGAGGACAUUCCCCGCAGAUUCCUGGGGCUCUGGCACAUGAAGCAGUCUGUGGGGCCACCCCUGGCGUAUGGGGGAGGGGACAGGCCGUGGGGGUGUCCGAUGCUGUGGAGGAGGAGCCUACUUCUGUGGGUGCCGCAGGUGUGUGUUACAGGAGACAGGCUGGGGAGGAGACAGACUCUGUGGGUAUGCCUGGCCCGUGGGGCACGGGACACUCUGUUGGGGUGCCCUGUGCUACUGAAGAGGAAACUAGAUGUGGAGGUGACCCAGGGUUCAGGGAAAGGGGACAGCCUGUGUGGGUGGAGACAGGCUCUGGGGGUGAUCCAGGGUCACGGGGAGCUGCACAGACUGCAGAGCCAUCAUGUCCUGGGGAGCAGGCAGCAGGUUCUGGGGGUGCCCCAGGCCUGUGGCGGAUAGAACAGGCUACAGGGGUACCCAGGGCCUUGGGGAAGGACACAGGCUGUGUGAAUGUCCCAGGACUGUGGGGAGCGGGACAGGUGGUAGGGCUGCCCCAGGCUGUGGUAGUACCUGGAGCCCUGGGAGAAGAGCUGAGCCACAGCGGGGCCCUGGGCCUGUGGGAUGGACAGCAAGUUCUUGCGGGGCCCCCAGCCGAGGCAGUGCCUGGGCUUGGAGAGGAGACCUGUGGUGGGAAUGUCCUGAGCCUGUGGGAAAGGAGGCAGGCUGUGGGGGAGCCAGAGAGUCUGGGGCCUCCAGCUUUAGGGGUCCCUGGGUCUGUGGAUCAGGAGGCUGGCUGUGGAGUUGUUUCAUGUCUGUGUAGGAGGAGGCAGGCUGUGGGGGUGUCUGAGAUGGUGGGCAUACCCAGGGCAGCAGAUGUGGCCCAGCACAGGUGUGCCACAGCAGGGGUCCCCGUGGCGCUGGGUGUGCCCGGCUCUGGAAAGGCGCCUGCCGGAGUGCCCGCUGCUGUGUGGGCGUCUGGCCCUGUGUGUCAGGAAGGCAGCUCCAGAGACAUUUGGAACCUGUGGGAAAGGGCUCGGGCUGCCAGAAUCUCUCUGGCUUCAGGGGGACCUGUGGCUCGGGAGGAGCUGUGGUCUGGCCGGGAGGAUUGGGAUUCUGGGGCCUUCUCGGGCCCAUGGGGAAGGAGACAGACUAUUGGGGUUUCUGUGGCACCUGAGGGGCCUGGGCUUGGGGAGGAGACUGACUCUGGGGGUAUCCCAAGACCUUGGGGACGGAGACAGAGGGUAAGGACUCCUGUGGCCACCGAAGUGCUUCUGGCCCCUAGGGCGCCUGGUUCUGUGGAGCUGGAGCCUGGCUCUGGGGGUUUCUCAGGCUUGUCGGGGAGGCAGCAAACUGCAGGAAUGCCUGGCACUGUGGGGCUGUCUGCAGCUAGUGGGGUGCCCGUGGCUCCCAGGGUGCCUAGGCCUGUGCAAGAGGAAACUGGCUCAGAAUUGUGGGGCAAAGGAGAGACAAUGGGUGGACCUCCAGAUGCCAAGGGUCCCACAAGGAUGGAGGUGCCCACCUCGACCAGGAUGCCUGGGCCCAUGGGGGAGAAGACUGGCUCUGGGGGUGUCUCAGGCUUGUUGGGAGGCAGACAGACUACAGGAGUGUCCAUGGCUGUGCGGCUUCCGGGGUCUGUGGGGGAGGGGACCCUCUUUGAGCGUGUCUCUGGCCUGUCUGGAAGAAGGCAGACUGCUGGGAGGCCUGUAGCUGCUAGAGGUUCCAUGGCUGUGGGAGUGCCCACAGCUCCCGGGCUCCCUGGGCCGAUGUUAGGGGAUACCGGCUCUGGGGAUGACUGCUCAGGCAUAUGGGCAAGGACACUGGCCACUGAGGGGCCCACAGCUGCCAGGGUUCCUGGACCUGUGGAAGGAGAGACAGGCUCUGAAGGUGUCUCAGGCCUGUGGAGAAGGAGACACAGUGGAGCCAUUCCCGAGGCCGGGAGGGUGCCUAUGCCUCUGGGGGUGCUUGCAGCUGUAGGAGCUCCCAUGGCAGGGCGCACACCUGCUGCGGUGUGGGUGACUGGGUCCUCGGGAGCAGAAGCGGAUGUGGGUGUCUCAGGUGUGACCAUGCUGAGGAGACAGUCCACAGGGGGAGUGGGGGCUUCAGAGGAUGAGACAGGUGGUGGGAAUAUUCUGGGACUGGCCGGGAGCAGCCAGGCUGUGGGGGCAUCUCACACUUAUGUGCCCGGGACCAGGUUAUGGAGUUGUCCAAGGUCUGUGGGGGAAGAAACGGCCUUUGAGAAUGCUCUAGACAUGUCAGGGACAAGAACAGCUGUGGGGAUACCCCCAGUUUCAAGAGAGGAAAUAGGCCUUGGCCAUUUCAGAGACCACCUACAGCCAAGUGGGAGGAGGCUGGCUGGAGAAGUGUCUGCAGUCAGAGUGAGAGGGAGCAAUUUGGGAGAGAGUUAUGUGGGGGAGGCUAGAUUGAGGGGGGCGUUCCAGUAGUGUGUGUAGGGAAGAAGUUGGGGCUCUGUGGGAGGGAACAGGUUAGGGGGAGGUUUGUCCUGGGUUGUGGAUGAAGCACAGGCUGUAAGGGCAUCUCGGCAUGGGGGAGAGAGGGUUUUUGUGGAGAUGCACCAGGGUAUGUAGAGGGACAAAUUGGGAAGUUUCCUGGAGCAGUGGGAAAGGGCCAGAUUGCAAGGAGAGUCCCAGAACUUUGUAUAGGGGGACAGUUUAGGGCUGGGUGUCCCUGGACUUUGUGCGUGUGUGUGUGUAUGUGUGUAUGUAGCAUCACUUGAGGCAUCCUGGAACUGUGGGGAUCACCUAGUUUUUUUCUAGUGGAGAAUGGACUGUUUGGCCCUUGGCACCUAGAAGCAGCCAGGGGAAAGUACUGACCAUUCAGAAGUUGCAGAUCCCUGGGCCCCAUUUCUGCAGACUUCAUUCUGCAACUCCAGCCGCGCAACCCGUGCCGAUGUCAAGCCAGUUGGGAUUGCCUCGCUCGUUUGCCUCCUCCCGUCUGCUUUUUUCACCGUGUGU